AUGCAAACAAUUUUUAUCAACAAGAAGUCUUAUUUACUUAUGGAUACAAUUGGUAAAGGAAGCUUUGGAACAGUUUAUAAGGCUGAAGAUUAAUCAAAUAAAAAACUUGUUGCUAUCAAAAUAUAGCAAUAUAUAUCAGAAAAUGAGUUUAAUCUAAUACGAACAUUUUUAGGUAAAGAGUUUAAAAAUCUUGUAAACGUCUUCGAUUACUAAAUUCAACAAAAUUAGAUAUUUAUAGUUAUGGAAUUAGGUUUGAAGUCUUUGUAGAAUAAAAUAUCACAUACUAUGGUCACUCCAAAAGAAGCCAGAUAUGUCAUGAAGCAAAUUGCGAAUGGAAUCAAUGAAUUGCACUCUCUAGGUAUUGUUCAUAGAGAUUUGAAACCUGAAAAUAUUCUUAUUUUUACUUUAGAAGAUUAGGGUAGAACUCAAGAAGUUUACAAGAUUUGUGAUUUCGGAACUACUAAAGAUAUUUAGAAAAUUAAGACACCAUGCGUUGGAACACCUUAUUAUUUAGCUCCGGAAUAGUUGGCUCAAAUUCCCCUUUAAAAUUAGUAAGCCACUUAUGAUUAAAGUGUUGAUAUUUGGGCAUUUGGUGCAUUAAUGUAUGAAUUGUUUACGGGCUCUCCACUAUUUAAUGGUAAAAUUUAUAAAUUUAAGUUAGGCAGAGCCAUUCCAGAUAUACAUAAAAAAAUUAAGACGCUUGAAAUAGAAUAAGAGAUUAGAAGACUUCAAUUGUUAGAAGAUAAGUAUAAAGAGCUCUUAAUCAAUAUGUUAUAAAGAGAUCCAAAAAAGAGAAUAACAAUUGAAAAUAUAAAAAAAGAAUUGUCAGAAAUUGCACCACAGAACUUGGUAAACAAAAAUGUUCAAAUUUAAAGAAUUAAUGUGCCUGCCAUUUUAUUAAAUUAAUAGGCAUUUUAAAAAGAAGGAAUAAGGAUUCCUAAUGAUAGUCGAAAUUAAUAAUAACUUAACAUUAAUCAGACCUAAUCUCGAUUCUAAGAUAAUAAACUGAUUGAAGUAAGAAUUAAAUUGAUAAAAGUUCUCGAAAAUUGCAUAACCAGGAAUCUAAUAGAAGCCAUUUUAAUAGAAUAAUGGCCAGAUUAUUUAAAAUUAGGGUAACUAGUAAUAAUACUUAAAUCAAAAUGAUGGCUUUGCAAGAUUAAGUAGAGAAUAGUUCAAAUCUAUAAGACAGAUGUAUUUUUCCCCACAAAGAUGAUUUAUUUUGUUCAAAUAACUUUCAUUAAUUU